AAUUAUUAGUUGGUCACAUGACAUUCUAUCACAAAGCCACAAGCAUGGAUCUAGUUAUCUAUACACUGUUGAUAAGCCUUGCCUGUAUGUACAACACCCCUGUACUUGUGCAUGCUAGUAAUGGAGUCUAUCAAUCUCCAAACUGGAAUGACAGCCCGAGAAAGUUAAAGAUUCUAAUCCUGACCGUGCCAGGCUCUGGACACACUGCAAUACCUCUCGCACUUGGAGAGGAACUUGUUCGACGUGGGCAUGAAGUAACACUGGUUAACUCAGAGAGUAAACUGGCAGCACCAGCAGAGAAGGUGGGCGUUAACUACAAGAACAGUGGAUCUAUGAAGAUACAGUACAAAGAGUUUUCCGAGAUAGGUGAACAACUUCAAACUGGUGGCAACAUUUCAACUCACUUUCAAUUUAUCCCUACACUAAGAAGACUGAUAAUUGAAGAAACAGAUCAUUUCAUAGACGUCAUCCAAGAACAAAUUAUGUCAGGAACAAAAUGGGAUGUAGCAUUGAGUACAGAUUUUUUAGAGUCUUUCCUACCCUGUGUUGGAGAAAUGCUACAAAUUCCGGUCAUUUCUUUGCGAACCACAUUUCAAAAUUUCCCUCACACUUUCCCACCAUGGCCCUGGGCUAGUUUAAUCACUGGGAGCAAUACAGACGAUAUGACAUUCGGAAAAAGAAUUGGAAGUACUUUGGAAAGAGCAAUCCUACCAUAUUUAUUGUCAUACAUAUUUACCUCAUCAAUCAGUGACACGAUCGACACGUACUGUCCUGCUCUAGCCAAUCAAAACUUAGCACAAUUAUUUAGUGUAACAUUGCCAGAGAUAGUGCCUACAGUUAUAGGAAUCGAACACCCAAGAACCCUCUCCACCCUCUCCCAUUACGUUGGCCCCAUUCUAACAGAGAACCCCACGCCAUGCACAGGCAAGCUGGAGAGUUGGCUUAACAGCAAAAACGAUAAAAGUGUCAUAUACAUUAGUAUGGGGUCAGUGACUCUAGUCACAAAGGAGCUAGCUAAAGCUUUCAUUGGAGGGAUAAAGAAAACUAACUACAGUGUUCUAUGGGCUAUGAAGAAAACUGAACAUUUUGAGCUAGACAUUGAUCCUGAGAGAUUUUUUACCAAUGAGUGGCUUCCACAAAUGUCGGUGUUGAGACACAGAGCUAUAAGUUUGGUUAUCAUGCAUGGAGGAGCGAAUGGUGUUCACGAGAGCCUACACAGUGGAGUGCCUUUGAUUCUGGUACCAGGAAUGGUUGAACAGAUUGGAAAUGCAGGUCGAGUGCACCACCAUCGAUUGGGUAUACAUCUGAACAAGCAAGGACUCACAGCAGAGCAGGUGUACCAGAGCAUCGUGGAAAUAGACUCUGGAGAUUAUCGAGAGAAUGUGAGGAAGCUUCAGAAGGUGUUCCGAGCAGCUGGAGGAGCCAAGAGAGCAGCUGAUCUGGUGGAGUUCUACUCAGAGGUUGGCUACGAUCAUCUCAUCCCAGCCUAUGCCAAGUACAACUGGAACUGGGUGCAGUACUACAAUGCUGAUGUGUACGCUCUACUGAUGGCUAUUCUAUUGCUGACUAUCUAUUGCUGGUAUAAAAUGAUUAAAUGUUUAUGCAACAGAUGCUGUAGACCAAAGAAACAGAAAUCUGACUGACUCUACAUGUACUUGUAUUAAACACAUGUUUUAGGAUAACCAUCAAUUAUAACAAGUCAAAUUUGAUAUCAUAACUCUA